UAGCGGUUGAAGUUAGCAGGAGAUUUAGAGGUAUGAGGGGACAACUCUUGAAGUCACUUUACUCUUUGACGAUCACGCUCCUCUGUUUGGGGAGCCUGCUGGCCACUGUCAUCUGGCACAUGUACGACAACAACAAUGAGGAACUUCACAAGCCGCCUCCUCAAAAAAAAAAAGCCCCUCCGCCCUCUGACCUCUGUAAAGGCUGCAUGGAGGUCAUCAACAAAAUAAAUGACCGUUACUCUCAAACAUGGAAGAAGCAAGAGGACAAUUACACAAAAUUCAGAUCUCAGCUGAGCAGCAAGUGCCAUGGUUUUGACAAGGCCAUCAUUACUCAGGCCAACACUCAACUGGGCUCAACGAUUGUCUACGACGGGGAAAAGCAAAGGACUCUCAAGGUGACCAGAGAGAUUUUCAGCACUUUUGCAAAGGAGCAUCCUUUCCCAAAUAAAACAUGGGAUACGUGUGCUGUCGUCGGGAACGGAGGGAUCCUGACCGACAGCGGCUGUGGAAAGAUGAUCGAUUCAGCUCAAUUUGUUCUCAGGUGCAACCUUCCUCCUUUGGAAAACGGCUAUGAGAAACAUGUGGGCAUCAAGACUGACCUUGUGACAGCAAACCCAAGCAUACUCAUAAAUAAGUAUGGGGCUCUAAAUGGACGUCGACGUCAAUUUGUGGAGAGUCUGCAUAGCUACGGCAACUCUCUGUUGCUCCUUCCUGCCUUCGCUUUUGGCUUUACCACUCCUGUGUGCCUGCGGGCCUUCUACACUCUUGAGGACUUUAAAAGCCCUAUCCGGCCCGUCUUCUUCAACCCUGACUACCUCCAGAAUCUGGCCCUCUUCUGGCAUUCCCAAGGUCUACGAGAAGUGCGGCUCAGCACCGGUAUGAUGAUGACCAGCCUUGCUCUGGAACUCUGUGCCAAUGUGCAUCUGUACGGGUUCUGGCCCUUCAGUAAUCACCCACAUGGACUCUAUGCCCUGACAAACCACUAUUAUGAUGACAUGAAAGCUGUAAAUGGUUUUCACGCCAUGCCGGCUGAGUUUGACCUCUUGUUGCGGCUGCACAGUGAGGGGGUGCUCAAGCUUCAUCUGAGAGAUUGUUGACCAGGUAAAAAGUAAUUGCCAGACCCAGGGGCAGCUAACAGAACUGAAGCAAAGUCCAUUCUUUGUAGCCUCACAAUGAAGCCAGUCACUCAUGAAGUCUUUCAUAUAUUCAGUAAUAUGUUAUAUGUUUUUUGUUAUGUUAAUAAAUGGAUUGGCAUAUCCGACUUUAA